AUUGCACUUGAUAAUUGUUAUGAUGAAAACAAAAAUUCAUAAAACUGAAUAAAAUUUUGAUAUAUUAAGGCUUUCCAAUUCCAAUUAUGAUAGUCCAAUUAAUUUAAGAGAAUUGAAUGACUCCAUUGAAAUAUAUUCAAAUACUGAAGAAAAGAAGACUGAAAGAGAAAUAGUGAAAUACCUUAACAAUUUAGGGAUACAAACAAAAACCGACCCUGUUUUGAAAGAAUAGGAAUAUUGGAGAAUGAAAAGAUUAGAAACUUAAAAAAAAAUGUUAUCAAUUUUAUGUUUAACUGAGCCAACUUAAUCUCUAACACUGAACGGUUAUGCAUCUAAAUUAUUACAUCAGAGAGUGUCUUAAUCUUUUUUAGAAGCAUAACUGAUCAAUAAUACUUCUACUGUGGUUAUAGAAUGAAC